AUGAACCUCCUAAAGUGGUUUGACUCAAGGUGUUUCAUUCCGAAGAAAUGCUGGUUCAAGUGGAGUGUAAAGGGAACCCGAAAUGGAUCCGAAUACCAGUGGAAAAAUGACUGUUUUGACUUCUGUGAAUUAAUUAAAGAAGCUUUAGCAAAGUUCAGCUUGCUGCAUGGAGCCAAUGUGGUUCUUAAAGACUCUGCAGGAGUUGAUGCUGAUAUUUUUGAUGAGCUUGUGAGAACAUCUAAGGUGUCCUUCAAAAUUUUGGAUUGUGAUACAGCAGCUGAGACCGAUUUCUCUGAGCCGUCAUGCCCCGAGUCGUCAUUUUCAUCAGUAAAAUCAGAAAGUUCAGAUUCCACAGUGAUUCCGCGAUCUUCAAAGGCACUGAUACAUGAUCCAGACAAAUCUUCACUCAUUCUUGAUUACUUUCCCCGAUUUUUGGAUACACCGGGCUUGAUUGACCAAGACUUUACUAUGCUUUUUGGAGAGGACAUUUCAAGAUGGGACAGUGAUGUGGCUGCUAUUCUCUUGCUCCUUCAUCUCUUGCCUCCAACUGUAAAAGGAAGGAAGACUGGGAAAAUCAGUGCAACAGAAGCAGCUGAUCAUGUUGUAAAGUUCAUGAAGGUGGGGACAAGCAUCAAGGCAUUUCUUGAGCGAGUUGGAUCUACACAGCCCUUCCUCCUCUGUGUUGGAGAAAAGAGGAGUAGCAUUCAGAAGUUUUACAUCAUCCUGGACCAGAAGGCCAUUCCCUGCAUGGUGCAGACAGCUGUUGCAGCCUUUGAUGAACUCUUUAAGGCACACUUUGUCUUUGCUGUAUCGUAUGAUGAGGCCUUGUGCAACUUCUACACGUUCAUUUAAACAACGGUGUAUGGAAUUGAUGUGGGCACAGCCAAGGAAAGUCCAAGGGUCAAGGAAAUCCAUGUGAGAAUUCACAACACUGAGGUUUGACUCCCCCCUCCCCCCAGCAUCUUGCUCAAAUGUUCUUAUGCUGUCUUUG